CAAAGAUCAUAGACCUCCGCUCUAUGAUCCAAAGAUAGUAUCUUUGCUGAGCAGCUUCUCCGGGUUCAGCACCGCCCCCACUGCACACUCUGACCCUUACACCGGGCGGGGCCUUGCACACUUUACCUCUCACGCCUGUUUGCAAGCUGUGUUUUUCCCCUGGAGACAGCGAUAUGCCAUUGUUUUGUCUGUCAGAGCAUGCAAUGUGAACUGUUAAUUUCCUGUCUUCAUAUAUUGUAGGUCGCCGCUCCCACGGUGUCUGAGCCCCGGGCUCUCCCAGUGCAAUGAGCCCGCAUUCCCUGCCAACCAAGUUCGUGCUGACUGCCUGCGCCGCCACUAUAGCAGAAACAGUAACCUUUCCUCUCGAUUUGACUAAAACAAGACUUCAAAUUCAAGGGGAAGCGGGCAACCGAUUCUAUGAAACAGCGAAGCCUUACAGGGGAAUGGUGAAGACAGCAAUUGGAAUAGUUAAAGAGGAGGGUGUGUUCAAGCUGUGGCAAGGUGUUACUCCUGCCAUCUACAGACAUAUAGUGUAUUCCGGUGUACGGAUGGUUGCAUAUGAACAGCUUCGUGAUUCACUACUUAAAAGGAAUGCUGAUGGCUACUUCCCAUUGUGGAAAGCUGUAUUAGGAGGAAUGUCGUCUGGUGCCCUUGGUCAAUUUUUUGCAAGCCCAACAGAUCUGGUGAAAGUUCAGAUGCAAAUGGAAGGGAGAAGAAGGCUGGAAGGAAAACCUCCAAGAAUCCACGGAGUCUACCAUGCUUUCGUCAAAAUUUUGUCCGAGGGUGGAAUCAGAGGAUUAUGGGCAGGUUGGAUACCAAACGUGCAGAGAGCUGCCUUAGUCAGUCUGGGAGAUUUAACUACCUACGACAUGGUCAAACACUUCUUACUACGAAACACAACUCUGAAGGAUAGCAGCUUAUGCCAUGGUUUAUCAAGCAUUUGUGCAGGACUAGUUGCUGCUACCAUGGGAACCCCUGCAGAUGUCAUUAAAACCAGAAUCAUGAAUCAGACAAGAGAUAAACAAGGAAGGGGUUUACUAUACAUAUCCACGUAUGAUUGCUUGAAGCAGACAAUAAAGAGAGAGGGAUUAUUGUCAAUGUACAAAGGGUUUCUCCCAACUUGGGCAAGAAUGGCACCUUGGUCCAUGACAUUUUGGCUCACGUUUGAACAAAUCAGAAAAUUAACAGGCAUCAAUUCAUUUUGACAUUUAUUCAAAUCUAAUAUAACUUCCGUGAAGAUACAAGAGACUGCAGAUGCUGGAAUCUUGAGCAAACCCCAAAGUGCUGGAGGAACUUGGCGAGUCAGGCAGCAUCCGUGGUGAGGAUGGACAGAUAACAUUUUGAGUCGGGACCCUUCUUCAGACUGCCUGACCCUCCAGCACUUAGUCUUUUGUUCAUAACUUCUGUGAACAACUUGUUC